AGGUCCUCCCUGGCCACAGGCGUUGCCACAGUACAGUGACCUGUCUAGUUCUGAUCCUUAGCCAAGUUAUUCCUCUCAAACACUGCCCAUCAUCACAGACACGUGCCAAGCUGUGGAUAUUGUUUGCGUGCUUAUCAAUAUUUCGGGCUUGUGUGGCACCCGGAACAAAAUAUAGUGUGGGCUCAUUGAUCUGGCUUCGCGAGAUGUGGACACAGAAUUGGUAAAAGACGGCGCAGCCGCAGCCGCUGGGGUGUUUGUCAGCAUCAGCAUCUCUCCACUGGAUGCAGACAACCGGAAGGAUGCUGUGGCAGGGAGGAAGCGUGGGGAUUUUAUUGUGUUGACGCUGCAUCCGAUUACAAACAGCUCCGUACUCAAAACGGACCUCGUCCAUUUUAUUUUUAUUUUCAUUUAUUUUUUUGGUAAUCUGCAUUAACAGCUGCCAUGUUCCCAUCGUGCCAGUCCCAGCCCGCGGACAGCAGCGCAAAGAAGAGCUCCAUGGCGAAGCUGCUGCUCGGGGUCUUUGUGGUUUAUAUGCUCCACACUGCAUGGCUGCUGUACGGCUUCCUCAACACUAAACCCUGCGAUGGAAGCACAGGAGAGUACUGCAUCACCUCCUACCUGACAGCAAGACCCAGACUACAGCUAAGUGUCUUCACCUGCCUCAUGCCAGACAACAGCCAACUGAACCUUGCUGUAAAAAUAGACCCAUUUGACCCACACUCUACAUUUGAGAGGCAGGUGAAUAUCUCUCUGCCAGAGCAGACUCGGGCUAAUGGCACUCUGUAUGCAGUCGUGUACGUUCACAAAGCCGGUGUUUCACCUCUGGACGACGGCAGAGAAGUUCACUAUGCCGCUCAGCUCACCACCUACAUCACACCCACACACACACACACAGAGGGGCAGAGAGACAUGCAGAAGAGGCCGAGUCCCAGAUCAGAGAAUCCUGUAUCCCAUUGGAGACCUCACCUGUCAAUCACUAUGAUGUCAGAGGACUUCACCUUCAACAAGGCGGGGCUUCCUAGUGAUGUGCGGCGCUACAUGAGAGUCUCUCAGGAUGGCCGACAGAUGAUCUACCUCCCUCUGCUGCUGGUUAACGAGCUCAGCUUCAGAGUCCGAGACCUCCUGGAGAUCAGCAGCAGCACUGUCCAGCUGCCUCUGACUGUGUCCUACGAGGGAAUCUCUUUAAGGGGUUUCAGGUUCUGGGUGCAUCUACAGGACGUUGUUUAUUCCCUGCGACAGUUUGGCUUCACAGAGGAGAACAUAGAUGAGAUAAAAGAGACUUUGGUGGGCUCCAACCUCUACCUGUUAGUGCUGACUGCACUCAUCACAGCUCUGCAACUUAUCUGUGAAUUCUUGGCUCUUAAAAAUGACUUCAGCUCAUGGAGAAAAAAGAAGAGCAUGGCGGGAAUGUCCAGGAAGUCAGUUCUGUGGCGUAGUCUCAGCACUUUGCUGAUUUUCCUCCAUCUGCUUGAAGAAACCAGUCUACUGGUGCUGCUUCCUGUUGGAUUGGGAGCAUGCGUUGAGGUAUGGAAGGUGUUUAAAGUGUUUAAGAUCCCGCUUCAAUGGAAAAGCUCCAAGCUCCAUGUAAAUAAGCUGGAUGAAGAAGAAAGAAAGACAGUGGAGUAUGACACACAGGCGUCCAGAUACUUGUCCUACUUGGUCUAUCCUCUGUGUAUCAGUGGAGCUAUUUUCUCACUGGCCUACUUACGCCAAAAGAGUUACUAUUCCUGGUUGGUCAACAGCCUGGUGACUGGAGUGUAUGCCUUUGGCUUCCUGUCUAUGGCCCCACAACUCUUCAUCAACCAUAAGUUGAAGUCUGUGAGCCACCUGCAGGGGACAGUGUUGAUGUACAGAGGAGUGAACACCCUGAUCUCAGACCUGUGUUGCUUUGCCUCAUUGUUCUCGUCUUCUGGAUCAUUCUCCUCCUCUCAUCAACUUUCAUGCUUCAGAGAUGAGAUCCUCUUCUUCCUCUACCUCUACCAGCGAAGGCGUUACGCCCACAGGGCCAGGAGGCGAGAGUCCGGGUCCCACAGCAAGAAACUAAAGACUCAAUGAGGACAACACAAAUUCCUCUCCUUCCUUUUUUCCAGUGCACAAACACACAAAAAACUCCUUCUUAAAACAUUGAAGAUGUGAAAUGGAGGCCCAGGCAGGACACUGGGCCAAGUGUGCCACAGCAGCUUCAAACUGAUCCAAGAUGAGCUGUCCUGCCUCGGACUCUUCACUACUGUACACUGAUGGUGCAGCUUCCGCUUUUUGCUCGACAUCGGUGAAGCUUCCCCCUUUACUGCUCCAGUGAUUGAACUUAUUCAUCUACAGACACUCUCUGCUGCACGUUAGGCAGAAGAAUAUUGACGGCAUCAUAUGACCAGUCGUAAUGUGCGUUUGCUCGAUUCUGUUCUUUAUGCAUGCAUACGGGGGGUUACAGUACAUUGUAAAGGAUGUAGCCUUCAACCCCAUUACAUAAUCAUGAAUCAAUAACCAUCUGCUGCAACUAUAGACUUGAACUUUAUGACUCAACUUGACUUUCAUAUGGCUGGCUGAAAAGCUUGAACCAUAAUCCUUCCUUUAAAAUUGACUUUUUAACAUAUUGUUUGUACAGAUUUAUACACAUACAGUAUAUUUUGGACUGUGUGCUUGUUCCAGCACUUAACUAAAGCUGGGAUGGCAUAUAAUGCUGUAUUAAGCUUUACGCUUGUAUAAACUGAAAAAUCCCAGACAAGACGGCGUCAUUUUUAUGGUUGCACCAUUACAUUGGAUGAAAAUUAUUCUGCACAAUUACCCAAACUCAGCGCAACAUAUUUGGUUUUUGUGGAAGCUAUUCUUUUGUGAUCCUGAAUAGAAUUUAAAAUAGUGUCCUGUGGUUUGAAUAUUGCAUGGCUUUGCACCACAAGGGUGUAAUGAUAGACGUACAGGUGGGUCCUGCAGGGUUGCAGAUAAGCAACAUGGCAGUAAUGAGAAGAUCAGACCGGCCACAUUAAGCACUCUUCACUCUUCAUCCAGUUUAGGAAAAUAAAUGAAGGACUUGUGUUGAAAGUGCUUUGGCCCUAGUCUGAUAAGGUUGUAUUGCAGGUAACACAUCAGACAUGCUACCUGUUGUGUAUAUUUAAUGUUAGUCUUGUAUAUCUAAAAUAUCAUUAGAUAAAGUAUUUCUUUGUAUUUUGUCUUCCUUAAUGUUCAUGUAUUACAUAGAUAUGUUAGUUUCACUGUCAGUGUACUGUACAACUAUUUUAUAAAGAUUGACUUUUCAAUAUUAACAUAUAAGAAGAGACUACACUAUUGUGAGCAAGUUGACCACUUACUGCAAAUAUCCUCAUGGCAUGUGUCUCUAAAAUCCCUGCAAUGCAUUUUGACUCACAACAUACUGUAUAGCUGCUUAAUUUAAGUAUCAGUGUGUUUCCGUUCACCCAGCACGCAAACGCAUCACAUAGUAGGAGAAACAUUUGUCUACAGUAGGCAUAAACACAGCACCGUCAAUUAACUAUUUUUUUAACUCUUAACUCAUUUUUGCUUCUUUGCUGACUGAACUGCUUGAGCUGGAGAAUGAUUUUCAAACUUCAAAUUAUUUUAUUUGUAUUUGUUUUGGUGUCAUUACAUAAGGAGGAAAUAAGGAAAUAUUCAGAUGUCAGGAAAUAAGGACAGAAUCCUAAAGAAAGUGUGUUAGGUGUGUGCUGGGUGUGUAUUGGUGCAUUCCUUUGUUAACACUGGACAGCUGUACUAUGACAGAUAAGAGGAUGACGUGAGUGCUAC